GCAACAUCAUCAUCUGAUUUUUCCCUAUAUACAAUUCUACUUUAAUUGUCUGCUUUAUAAAUUGCACAUUUCUAACAUCUCUUGGUUAGUUAUACCACUAUUCUCUCCACUCUUCAGCCGAGAGUCCUUGAGAGUUGAGGGACACUGUACUGUGCUUCUCCGGAGAGAGAGCCACAUAUAGGGAGAGAGAAGGAAACGAAAGAAAAUCAAAUGAGCCCAUUGAAGCAGAAACACCGGAGCUCCGUCGCCGACGCCACCGAUAAAUCUUCCAGAUCCGACUACUCCGCCAAAACCACCACAACCGCCGAUUGGAUUUCUGAAUCUAUCGAGGGCGGAUCCUUGGCCCACGUAGACCUACACAACGGAAUCAACGGAUGGGCAUCACCUCCAGGCAACGUGUUUUCUCUCCGCUCGAGAAAUUACUUCACAAAACGGCAAAAAUCACCCACCGGUGAGUACCUGCUCUCUCCCGCCGGCAUGGACUGGCUCAAGUCGAGUACAAAGCUUGAAAACGUACUCGGUCGCCCGGACAGUCGCGUUGCAUUAGCUCUAAAGAAGGCCCAAGCCAGAGGCAAGUCCCCCAAGAGUUUCAUUUUCGCCGUUAACCUCCAAGUUCCCGGUAAGGACCAACACAGUGCUGUUUUCUACUUCGCCACGGAGGAUCCUAUCUCCUCUGGCUCAUUACUUUACCGUUUCAUCAACGGAGACGACGCGUUCAGGAACCAACGAUUCAAGGUCGUGAACCGGAUUGUGAAGGGCCCUUGGAUCGUGAAGAAGACGGUGGGGAACUACAGUGCGUGCCUGUUAGGUAAGGCCUUGACGUGUAAUUACCAUAGAGGAGAGAACUAUUUUGAAAUCGAUGUAGAUAUAGGAAGCUCAACGAUCGCGAGCGCUAUCUUGCACCUCACAUUGGGAUACGUAACAAGCGUGACGAUAGACAUGGGGUUCGUAGUUGAGGCGCAAUCGGAGGAGGAGUUACCGGAGAGGUUAAUUGGUGCUGUUAGGGUUUGUCAGAUGGAGAUGUCGUCGGCUGCUAUUGUUGGUAAUGUCCACGAGCCGCGGCACCGUGGUUUAGGACCUGCUAAGGUUAAUGACGACGACGACGAUGAGAAUCGUUAAACACCAUUUUAAUUUACGCCUCUUUUUUUUUGGUCCGUUCCCUCUUUAGUGAGUGUAGAUAAUAAAAGAAGAAAAUAAUGCAGAUUUUGUUUUAUUCUUUUAUGAGCAAGACCCACAUGAAUUCAAUUACACUCGUACCCCCUACCUAACUCAAAUAAAUCCCAUACCCCAGCUCAUCUCCAUGGAUUCGAAUGCAAGAGUGUUCGUACUAAACCCUAAACCCUUUAAAAGUAAUACAUUAUCAAUGGGAAUCUGGAAAAGUUUCCACA